CGAGGCCGUGUCUGUGGGUCGGAGACAUUUGUGUACACGUAUUACGGCUGCAUGGGCUGGACCGAGGAGUCAAUGGGAACGGGCUAACUUAAUGCUGGCUAGCUUUUCAAGAAGAAACCUAGCCGCACUGGCUUGUCCUAAUUUUCUAUGUACGCACGUAAAGCGUUUCCGAGCGGAACUUUUUCUCUGACUAGUGGAGCUUUAUCUUCGUGCAUGGGAAACGGGAGACAUUUACUGCUGCUGGCUGAAAACGCUUCAAGGUGGCGACAGACAAGGUUGCUGGAAAGCUGAGUUCUACUCUCUCAUGGGUGAAGAACUCGGUCUCCCACACCGUCAGUCAGAUGGCUAGCCAAGUGGCCACGCCCACAUCUCUACAGACCCCCACCACUUCCUCCUCCACGUCUCUGUCCUCGCCCGCCCUCUCGCCGUCCUCCCCAGCGCAGCUUAGCCCUGACGAUGUGGAGUUGCUGGCCAAGCUGGAGGAGCAGAACAGGCUUUUGGAGACAGACAGCAAGUCUCUGCGGUCCAUGAACGGCUCCCGGAGAAACAGCGGCUCCUCCCUGGUGUCCAGCUCCUCGGCUUCCUCCAACCUGUCCCACCUGGAGGAGGACACCUGGAUCCUGUGGGGACGGAUUGUCAACGAGUGGGAGGAGGUGCGCAAGAAGAAGGAGAAGCAGCUGAAGGAUCUUGUUAGAAAAGGCAUUCCCCACCACUUCCGGGCAAUAGUGUGGCAGCUGUUGUGUAACGCCCAGAACAUGCCCAUCAAAGAUCAGUACUCAGAACUUCUAAAGAUGACAUCGCCGUGCGAGAAGCUCAUACGCAGAGACAUCGCUCGCACCUAUCCUGAACACGAGUUCUUCAAGGAGAAGGACAGUCUGGGCCAGGAAGUGCUCUUCAACGUCAUGAAGGCCUACUCUCUGGUGGACCGCGAGGUUGGCUACUGUCAAGGAAGUGCGUUCAUUGUGGGUUUGCUGCUCAUGCAGAUGCCAGAGGAGGAAGCCUUCUGUGUGUUUGUGAAGCUCAUGCAGGACUACAGGCUGCGAGAGCUCUUCAAGCCCAGCAUGGCUGAGCUGGGACUCUGCAUGUAUCAGUUUGAGAGCAUGAUUCAGGAGCAGCUCCCGGAGCUGCACAUGCAUUUCCAGGCUCAAAGCUUCCACACCUCCAUGUACGCCUCCUCCUGGUUCCUCACCAUCUUCCUCACCUCCUACCCCUUACCUGUAGCCACCAGGAUUUUUGAUAUCUUCAUGUGUGAGGGUUUGGAGAUUGUUUUCCGUGUGGGGCUGGCCAUCCUGCAGAUGAACCAGGCUGAACUGAUCCAGCUCGACAUGGAGGGAAUGUUACAGCACUUCCAAAAGGUCAUCCCACAUCAGUUUGACAGUGGACCAGAUAAGGUCAUCCAGGCUGCCUAUCAAGUUAAAUACAAUGCCAAGAAAAUGAAGAAGUUAGAGAAGGAAUACACUACAAUCAAAACAAAGGAGAUGGAAGAACAGGUGGAGAUAAAGAGAUUGCGGACGGAGAACAGGCUCCUGAAACAGAGGAUAGACACACUGGAAAAAGAAAGUGCUUCCUUGGCAGAUAGAUUGAUUCAGGGACAAGUGACUCGAGCCCAAGAGGCAGAGGAGAACUACCUGGUCAAGCGGGAGCUGGCCACGGUCAAACAGCAGAGCGAGGAGGCCACUGCUCAGCUGGAGCGGGCCAGGAAAACCAUCAGGCAGCUUCAGCAGCAGCCACAAGCGAAGGGACCGCCUCGGUUCUCAGAGGAGUCUGUCCUGCAGCUGGAGAAGGAGCUGGUCCAGGCCCGGCUGAAGGAGGCCGAGUCCCAUUGUGCGCUAAAAGAAAUGCAAGACAAGAUCCUGGAUAUGGAGAAGAGGAACUCGUCACUACCAGAUGACACUAACGUGGCGCGACUCCAAGAGGAGCUGAUCGGAGUGAAGCUGAGGGAAGCAGAGGCUCUGACUGGACUGAAGGAGCUGAGGCAGCAAGUCAGAGACCUGGAAGAACACUGGCAGCGCCACCUGGCACGCACCGCGAGUCGCUGGAAGGACAGCCCCAAGAAGAACACGCUGAGUGAGCUGCAGGACGAGCUGAUGAGCGUGAGGCUGAGAGAAGCUGAGGUCCAGGCAGAGCUAAGAGAAACUCGACAGAGGCUGCUGGAGAUGGAGACUCAGAAUCAGAUUCACAGCAAUCAGCUGCGACGGGCCGAACAGGAGAGCCACUGUCUGCAGGAGCGUGUGAAGAUGCUGACCACCCAGAACAAGGAUCUGAAUGUGCAGCUACAAGAGAUCAAGCGGAGGCAAGCUGAGAUUGAAUGCAAGAGUAAGGAAGAAGUAAUGGCUGUGAGGUUAAGGGAAGCUGACAAUAUCGCUGCCAUGGCAGAGCUCCAGCAACAGAUCUCUGAGCUGGAGAUUCAGAAAGAAGAAGGGAAGGUCCAAGGGCAGCUGAACCACACGGACUCCAGCCAGUACAUCAGAGACCUCAAAGACCAGAUAUCUGAGCUGAAACAAGAGAUUUGCUGCUUGAAAGGACAGAAGGGCUUGGUCAGCCAGCCCAGCUUUGAUGGCAUCCACAUCGUCAAUCACUACAUGGGGGUCGGUGAGUCCUACCAGUCCUCCGACGACGACGGCGCCAAGGACCCCGACCUGCAGAGCCUCCAGCCGAGGAGCGGCGGGCGCAUCAGGCUGCGGGCCAAGCUGGAGGACACAGACAGCGACGAGGACGACGGCGACGCCCUGCGGCUCUCCGUGCCUCAGAGCAAGUCCACCACUGUGUGAGCGCAGGGCCUGGAUCCAGAGUUCUGAAUUUCAAAAAGCAAAUCUGUCAUUUCAUAUCUUAUGAAUCAUGCCAUUGUUUUUUUUGUUUUGUUUUUUGUUUUGGGUUUUUUUUUUUUUUUUUGUUCCUGGGCACCACUCACAAAGCUGGGGUCAAUCUGAACCUCAGCAGAGAAUCAAACAGAAUCAAACUCUACAAGGUGGAGGGGCCGGGGUCCGCCCUCCUGUAGGUACAACACACAAGGCAGACUGUGCAAUAGAACAUUUAUCCCAAACUCCACACUUCAUCCAGCAUGCUUUUAUAUUUUUUAAGGAUUUUAUAAACGACUUACUUUAAAGCUGUCACUACUGUUAUUUCCAUCACGCAGGGGCAGAACUCUACUUGUGUGUGUGCGCGCGUGUGUAUGUGUGUGUGUGUGUAUAUAGCUUGGACGGUGUUGGUCAGAGCCUGGUAUCAAAGCUGCUUCUAUCAGCCAGCACUGACCCAAUCAAUGCCUUUAGCUUAUGUCCUGCACCAGGCGCUCGGCAAACCAAAUGUACAUAUGUAAAUGUUUUUGGAUUUUUUUUUUUUUUUGUCCUUAUUCAUUUUGAACUUGAAAACCAUGUUUAAUAUUGCAUAUCUGAUGUUUAGAUAUGUUGUAUAAAUAAUAAAGAAGGGACAUUUUUGUUUGUAUAUGAUUUGAGGAAAAGGAAGAUGGAUUCUUGUCAGAGGGUGAUUUAGUCAUCACGCAUCGUUACAUUCUGAGAAAGGAGCCGGGGUCAGAGUAUUCCUCAUGUCAGCAUGGCUGACUGCACGAGGCGCAUCUGCGUUUGAGUCAAAUCUGGCAUGUGGUGAUGUAACACGUUUGCACAGAAACGGAGGAGACGAGGUGAGACCCGCAGACCGGAGGCUUUGGGCGGCCAGGCCCGCCCAAAGCCUCGAACUUCAGCAUUCACAUCCAGGAAGCCGAUCGGAUCCCAACAUUAGGUCUGCGUCACCAGAAUCUCCCGUUGAUUGGUUGAUUUUUACCGGGAGCGGAACACAUCGUGGCACUUUGCAGUGUAAGAACACAUUGCAACACUAUGAAGCACUCUGAGAUUGUUGUACUGGUGAGAGAAAGGAAUGAUUUCAUAAUAAAAGGUUCAUAAACUGCU